CCUUAACAAACGAGGAAUGGGAAGAUUUUAAAAAGACAUGAGGGCGGCAUGGAUGGCAUUGCCAGAAAUUCCAGAAACAUUGUUUGCUUUUGUUAUGUUGGAAACAUUGUUUACUUUUGUUAUGUUGGAAACAUUGUUUGCUUUUGUUAUGUUGGAAACAUUGUUUGCUUUUGUUAUGUUGGAAACAUUGUUUGCUUUUGUUAUGUUGGAAACAUUGUAUGCUUUUGUUAUGUUGGAAACAUUGUUUGCUUUUGUUAUGUUGGAAACAUUGUUUGCUUUUGUUAUGUUGGAAACAUUGAUCAUUAUGGAUUACGAUAAGAAAUUAUUUAUCGUUAUUCUUAUGUACUUGUAUGUCCGUUUUUUUUGGAAGAGAGGUUUGAAACGAUUGCGGGACAACGAUUCAGAAAUGACGGGACAUAAAUACACGUUAGAGUUAUUGCAAGGAAAUCCCAAACAAUGCACUGAACUGCUACGACAAAACAAGAGGCUACGGCGGGUUUUAAAGGUGCGGUUGGUGCACUAGAUGGAACUUUGAUACACGCAGUUGUCCCUAGUAGUAAACAAGAUUUAUAUAGAGGAAGAGGGAAAGGGGAUUGUUAUCAAAAUGUAUUAGCAAUUUGUGAUUUCAACAUGAUUUUUACGUUCAUUGUGGCUGGUUGGGAAGGGGUAGCACAUGAUGCUAGAAUAUUGUCAGAGGCAUUAUCAGAUCCACAUGCACCAUUCCCGAUUCCACCACCAGAUAAGUAUUAUCUUUGUGAUGCCGCGUAUGGACAUACACGAGGAUUUAUGGCUCCAUAUCGUAAUGUGAGGUAUUG